AUGUACCAUCCUGUGACGACGUUAAAUCAUAAUCAUUUUCGAACAGUACAUGGAUCGCCACUGAUAUCUCAGUUGAAGAAAACACGGACUCACAUUCCGUUACAAAAUAGUAAUAUUAACAAUAGUAAUAACAAUACUCACAUUUUUAUUCCCUCACUAUUCGAUAGCACUAAACCUUCUCAAACUACUCAAAUUGUUGAUCAAGAUAUUUGCACACUCGAUACUAACCGUCUAUCUAAACAUAACCAUAGAAAUGGAAAACAACGAACGGCUCUCACUAAUCAUUUAAUUUCAUCCAUAUCUUCGGAAAAUCAUCAUGCUAAACUCGUUCCGUUAUCAAAUCCAAAUUACAAUACGAUAUCAUAUUCAACUUCUUCGACAAAAUUAUCGUCAUUAAUAAGACCAAAAUCAUCAUCCUCUAUUCCGACAAUAGUCUAUUCUGAUGAUAAUUCGAAAAAUAGCGCAUUUCGUUUUAUAAACAAUCGAUCGACAGUAGCAACACACCAGCAAUCACGACCCAUAGUAGAAAAUGGCACAUAUAGUCACAGUUCUAAUAAUGAUAUUUCACAAUCAAGAAUAAUGAUGAGAGAUAACAUUUUAAGAGAACAAUAUGCGACAUUAAUUAACAUUUUAAGAACACAAGAAAUACAAGUUAAACAACAACAAAAAGAAAUAACGGACAAACAAAGAGAAAUUGAGUAUCGUGAAGUUCAUUUAUCUCGAACAGAACGUGAUAUUAAAGAUAUUCAAUAUAAUAUUCAUUUAUUAGAAGAUCGUGAUCGUUACAUUUUCGAUGAAUGCGAUAAACUAUCCCACGAAUAUUCACAAACACAAUUUGAUUAUGAGCUACAACAAAAUAUGAAAUUACGACAUGAAUAUGAUGAAUAUAAUAAAAAAAUUCAUAUGUGUAAAUGUUUAAUGGAAACAAAAAAUAUCGCACAUGAACAGUUAGAACAAGGAGUUAAACAAUGUCGAGAUGAAUUAGAUAGAUUACAACUGAACAUGACAGAGCAAGACAUUCGAUAUAUCAACAAUGAUUUAGAACAAUUGAUAACAUCAACUAGUAACCAAGAACAAUUGUUACAACUGUCUCAGCAGAGAAAUGAUGAUUUAGAAUAUUUAUUGAAUGAACGACGAGAACAAAUGAAUGAUUUAGAAAGAGAAUUGUUAAAACUAGAUGAAAUAUUAAUUAGCAGUCUUAUCAGUCCAUGCGGUUCAAAUUCGGAUAUGCCUGUUCAAUUACAAUUUGUCAAUAGAAAAUUAAAAUAUUGA